AUGGUUGAGGAAAGGCUGAGCAGCGUCGGUGUCCUGAAGGCCGCGCUGACGGUGUUCGCUUGGCCCGUCGUGCUGCACCUUCUCUUCGUCACUGCUCGGAAGUAUGACGAUCUGCUCCAAAACCUGCUGCUGCGGCUCUUGCUGUACGUUGGAUCUUCCGUCGUUUUGGUUCGGCUGCCGGCGGCUCCAGAUGUUCGAAGCAUGAAGUUGGCAUUGGCUCGUGUCCUCACGCCCAUGAUCGAGCCCUUUGUCCCAGAGACCUGGAUCGCUCGCAAGUUGGCCGGGUUCUUUGCAGGCCUGCUUCUGGGCUUCUCCCGAGCUUUCCUGGCCUUCUCCGCCGUGAACUUCGGUGCCCGGGUCCUCCCAAAGACCUGGAGCUUGGACCUGAGGAAGAGCGAGCCCUACCUGAUGAUCCUGGAUGCUAACGGCGAUGGCAGAGUUACAGCCGACGAGGUCUUCUCCUUCGUCUUCCGACUCAGCCGGCAAAUACUGGGCGCUGCCAUGAGCUCCAUCGUCGGAUACCAGGUCUUGAAGCUCAAAAGGCCCCCGAAGGUUGCCGUUCCGGCGGCAUCCAAAAGCACCUUCUGGCCUGUGCGCUUCUGGUGUCGGAUGAUGUAUGCACUGCAGAACCCACGGGAGGCGAAGUCCAGACUGCUGGCGAGGAGGGUGAUGCUGGUGAGCCGACUUACAGAUGUGGUGGUGGUGGUCUGUGCCAUGUUGUGGCCCUGGCUGGCCAUUGUGGGCCUGAGGCCGCAAGUGGUCCUUGCUCUGGGCGGGGUGGGUGGUCUCGCAGUGGGUUUGGCAGCGAGGAAUGUGGUGGGGAACCUCAUUGCAGGUGCCUUGAUUCAGUUGAACAGGCCUUUCGUCGAAGGCGACGAGAUACGCCUGGGAAAUGACAAGAUGGUUGGCAUGGUGGAGGAGAUUGGCCCCAUCAACACGCACCUCAACGGCCUGGACGGCAUGUUGGUCCACAUCCCAAACCAAAACCUCUUGAAGGACUAUGUGGUCAACAAGACCCUGAAGGAUUUCAGGCCCAUCCGGGAGGAGGUGAGGGUCAUUUUUUCGGACCUGCGGAAGCUCCCCGAGCUGGUGGAGAGCCUUCAGAACCUCCUCCUGGCGCAUGAAGGGCUCCUGCAGGAAGAGGAGGUGCGAAAACUCAAAGAUCUGCGCGGAGGGUGCGUCAAGGUCUACCCUCCUUUUUGCGGCUUCGGAGGCUUCGACGAUGUUGGAGCCAAGAUUGUGAUCGAGGCCUACACGCGCGGCUCCAUCUCCUUGCUGCCCUUCAAGCGCAUGAAAAGCCAGCUCCUACUCCGAGUCAGCAAUUGUAUCAUCGAUCACGGCGCCCAGGUGGCCUUUGUCGCGACGCACGAC